AUGGCUAACAUUAUGAACGCGAGGAUCGGUCACGCGAUGAACAUCUUUGCUCUGAGGGUGACGAAGUGGGGCUACAAAUUGCCGCAGCUCGCCGCGGAGUACACGCGGUCGGUGACUUCACCCGGAGUUUUCGAGGGGGCGAAAAUCCUCGACGCCGGCGCCGGCACUGGUCUCCUGGCACACAGCCUCAAGGAGGCUGGCGUGAAGGAUGCGACGGCCAUUGACAUCUGCACGGAGCUGCUCUCGAAGGCCAUGAGAUCAGGCUUCUACUCUUGCUGCAAGGUGGUCGACCUGAAGGCCACCUUCGAUUUCCCGGAAAGCUGCUUCGAUGUUACACUCUGCCUGGGCACGCUCACCUACAUGGACCCCGAGAAUUCGACAAUGUCGGAGCUCCUUCGUGUCACGAGAUCUGGGGGCAUCGUGGUCUUCAGCAUGCGGACGGACCACAUCAGCAAAUGGGAGGGAUUGCUGGAAAGCAUGCUUGCCAAGGGCAGCUGGGAGCACCUCGGCACCAGCGACGCCUUCGACUACCUACCCGCGAAUCCUGACUACGGCGACAACGUGCUGGUGAAGGUCUUUGUGUACAAGAAGAAGUGA